ACCAGAUGAAGUGGACGUACCCCCCACACGAUGACAUGCAAAAAUACUACCUCCAUAUCUGUGCAAUGAGAAUUGGAUCGACGUCGCCACCAAGCGACCGAUGAUCAAGUAGUGCAUGAUUAUUUUACCAUUGAUCGCGUUACGAUACCUGCUUGCAAGCUGACAAGGAGGAUAACCCAUCCCUUGUCAAAUUUCGUACCGCAACGAAAUCUGCCUUUUGAAGUAAACGAGACCGAUGUUAUGGAUGUCCCUAUAUGCCUGCCGUAUCUGAAGAAGGAUGAUCUCUAUCUUACUGAGAAGCCUUACAACACCGACUUCGCUGUUGGUCAUAUUCCCGGUGCAGACGAGAGCAACCACCGCUUCGACUAUCAGAAUCUCCUUAUCACAGAUGCCCAGAGUAGUCGGAGGAACUUCAACCUUGACAGACACGGUUUCUGCUUCCUUCAAGGCACAACUUCCGUUACUCCUAAUACUGCAGAUGACGACGAGUAUAUAAAAGAAGUUUACUUCCCAGAAAUAGAAAGGAUAUUGCACAAGGCUUUGCCCGGAUAUGAACGCAUCGACUACCUAGAUCACCUGGUUCGUAUACGAGACGAAUCAUUUCCAAAGAAACCAGGUUCGAUAACAGCUGCUGCCCAACCAGCCGCUUUACCGCACUCUGAUUUUAGUAGGCAUGGUGGAUUCCUAGCUAUGGAGCAGUUCUUUCCAGGACAGAAAAAAUAUUUUGAAAAUAGAGAUUUUGAUUUGAUUAACGUCUGGCGGGUCCUUCGAGGACCAAACAAUGACUGGCCUUUGGCUGUUUGUGACUAUGAGAGCAUCGAUAUGAAGGAAGAUACCAUCGAGUGCGACGUAAUUCACGAGCAGUCUGUUGGAGAAAAUACUCUCUUGUUUAAGAACCCUAAGCAUAAAUGGUAUUAUCUUAGCCGACAAGGCAUUGACGAUUUGAUCGUCUUUCGGAACAUGUCCUCUAAGGAUCAGCGCCCGGCUGCUUUCCACGCGGCUUUCGACACUAAUAUGGAAACUCCCUAUCCCAGACAUAGUCUUGAGCUUCGAGUGGUGGCGUUUCGACCGGGCGGAGAACCAUACGAAGUGGAUGCGACAGUACCAGAAUAAUCGG